AUGAAGGUCACCCACUGCGUUGCGCUCCUAUACGCGACCAUUGCCGUCGGAUUCCCGGUUAAACUCCUGCUCACGGGCGAUACGCCAACCAUCGUCGCCGAGCGAAGUGAAAUCUUGCGCACACAACGACCCCUCGCUGCACAGGAGUCACAUAUCCAUACCCCACGCCCGACGUUCCAGGAGUACAUUGCUCGCCUACGGUCCGGAGCUGGAGCUGGAGCUGGAGCUAGCAUCUCAGAUGACAGCAAAACAGCCGAGGCCAAGACCGUGCCCUCACAUUCCGACUCGCACUACAGCAUUUAUGGCUCGUGGGUGGGGAAGUUUAUGUCAAAUGACAAGCCGGACGACGCGAAAUCUAGCGCGAAUACUUGUCACUCCCGAAUCAUCACAUACCUCAAGCCUGCGGAAUUGCUCGAUUUUGUCGAUAAUCAUGGACCCGAGUCCGUUGCACUGGGAUUAUUCGUUCUAGUCCCCAUCGCUUAUUUCAUUCUUGAGCUGCUUGAGCUUGCGAUCAAGUCUUGUACCCAGGAACGAUAUCCACACCGAGGUCGUGAUCGUGUGCGUCUAGUGGGGCCGGAAAGACAGCUGCGGGCGUGGAGUCAUCAGCAUCGGGAGAUGCUGGUGGAGAAUGAGAAGCAUUGGUGGCAGGCGAGGCGGGCGAGAUAUUGA